CCCCACCCCACUCUAAAAGAAAUAACACACGCAUGCGUAGCAUACCUAUAUUCUCUUGUAGGUCUUGGGAAAAACUGCUACAUGUCACGACAACCUAAAUGUCCAUUGGAGCGCGAAUGGAUCGGCUGUUACAAAGACGAUGGCUAUCAACGGGCGUUUCCGGAACUUCUUCUUACAGCAAGAGAUGAUACGUCUGCAGUUUAUUUCGGAGAGAACAUAAAUUGGAAAGAUUGGGAAAACUUCAUCGACAGGUUAGAUCUUAUUGUGAAUAUUAGCCAGAGCUUAUCUAAUGUCGCUGUGUGUAGCCAUACAAUCCACUGAAAAGGGUUGAUUCUAACAUUGCGCCUGUCUGAGUCGAGGAGCCAUGAUGGUGUAUAUCUUUAUACCCUCAUGGAGUUGCUCUCAAGCUUUUCCAACUCUUGCAGCGCUUUUCCAUUGAGUGUCGUAAAACCAAAUUUAAAGAUAUCACAGCGGGAAAUCCGAAGAAAGGAAAAUACCCUACAGAGCCGAUGAGGACUCAGAGUAAAAACAACCAAACCGCCUAAAGCGCGGGAAAAUGGCUUCAGUUUUGCAUCCAAUCGGUUGAGAGAGUGGCGCGGGGUUUUUGGACCAAUUACAGAGCAAAGCAAACAAAACUAAUAGAAUCUCAGAUAACUUUCGACGCUGAAUUGAAAAUUGCUCUAUUCUCCAUUUUUAUUCGAUAUCUUUCACUGCUAUCUUGUCUUCUUUUGUAGGUUUACUUGCGCGUGCGCGCAGAAAGCUAAGCAGAAGCACUUCAACUAUUUUGGCAUUGAGUAUUAUGGUGAGUGCUGGGGCGGUGUGCGUGCUGAUUACAGCGUCCACGGAAUGUCUGAAGAGUGCAAAAGCAUCACAGGGCCGGACUGUUCUUUUAGGAAUUGCGAUGAAGAGUCAAACAAGCCUAAAACUUGCGUCGGAGGACAAUGGGCUUUGUACGUCUAUAAAAUUAAACUAGGUGAGUGAGUGCCGGGAAAAUAGCUGAUCGCCUUCACGGGAAUUUUGUGUAGGAAUCGAACUCUAUGAUAAGAGGAGACGCAGCGGCUUAGAGAUGAUCUCGUUGGACGUCGAGUCGACAGGGCGCGAUUCGAGCUUUGGAUGGAUUAUUGUACAGAGUUCUUGGGCAACACACCUCUCUCACAGUACCUUUUUCCUCCCAGGAUUGUAGAUGGGUGCAAGGAAUUACCAGGGAGGGGGGGAGGGUAACCAUAGCAAUACUCUUACGGUAUAGCUUAAAAAAACUUAGCAGGAGUGUUAUGGCGAAUCCUUUUUCCGUCAUGCGGUAACACAUGUUCGUGCACUUUGAGACAACUGAAAUUUCUGCAAGAAACUUGUGAUGUUUGUGACUUUUCCCUAGCAACAAACUUUUGCUUCACAAAUUAAUUUUUGUAUUUCUUUCCACAGUGCACCCGCCACCACUCCAACCAUCGACACCGCCAACCCCACCAACCCCCCAACCGUACCCAUAG